UAUCAUUUACAGGGACCCGUAUGCGUGUAAGUGACCGACAGCAGCGCACCAAGUAGUGGGAAAACUCGGGCCGUCCGUGUGUUGAGUGUAGAUAGGAAUCUAUCCUAUCCUAUCCUAUUCCUAUCUACACUCAACGGUUUAAGCCCCGUCAGCUGACUUCAGUUCAACCAAUUCGGUCAAUUCCUCAGUCAGCGACGAUGUCUUCCUCCGUGCGAAGGUGUUUGACGCUUUUAAACAAUCCUCUCAGAAAAAAUCUGCAGCAUUCGGCCGGUCAGCAAGCAACUGAUAUAAAUUUACAAAAAAUCAAAAGUUCGACGAGGGAAGCGGGGAAGCAUUUAUUCCAACAAUCAUGUGCUGCCAGCUCACACUCCGUGCACACAGUUGUGCAAGCUAGAAGUAGAGUGGUAACCACCAAGGAUGAAAGCCGAGAAAUGAUGGCUGUGUGGCCAGACGUGGUCAGAGAUCUUACAGAUGCUGGACGCCACCUUGACAUUCCUCAUGCCACUAAAUGGAUAGCAAAAGUGUUACAGUACAACGUUCCUAACGGCAAGAAGAAUAGGGGUCUUGCUCUUGUCUAUGCAUUCCAAAAGUUGGCACCGCCAGAGAAGCUCAACGAAGAUAAUAUCAGAUUGGCUAGGAUUUUGGGUUGGUGUGUCGAGUUGUACCAAGCAUUUUUCCUGGUGGAAGAUGACAUUAUGGAUGGAUCAACGAAUCGACGUGGACAACUGUGCUGGUACCGUCAAAAUAACAUAGGUUUGAGUGCAAUUAACGACGGACUUUUGUUAGAACAGUCAAUAUUCCAAUUACUUCGUACACAUUUCAAGGAUAAGGAUUGUUAUAUGAAUCUCAUAGAGGUAUUUCACGAGACCAUACUUAAAACUACAAUGGGUCAGACUCUUGAUUUACUCUCGACACAGUUUGGCCAAAAACCUAAAUUGGAAUUGUUUACAAUGAAUCAAUACAACUCUAUUGUGAAAUAUAAGACUGCUUUUUACUCUUUUGUCAUGCCAGUGUCUCUAGCCAUGUAUUUCGCUGGUAUCACAGAUGCCGAAAUGCACAGACAAGCCAAAACAAUAUUACUGGAAAUGGGCCACUUUUUCCAAGUUCAAGAUGAUUUCUUAGACUGUUACGGAAACCCGGAAGUUACAGGAAAAAUAGGUAACGACAUACAAGAUGGAAAAUGUUCCUGGUUGGUAGUUGUGGCUUUGCAACGUGCGACACCAGCACAGAAAAAAAUCUUAGAAGAAUGCUACGGUUCGAGUGAUCCGGAAAAUGUUGCACGAGUUAAGCAAUUGUACGAUAACUUGGGUUUGCCAACGACAUAUUCUAUAUAUGAAGAAGAAAGUUACAACUUGAUGAAUACUCACAUUCAACAAAUAUCACGUGGUCUUCCCCAUGAUUUAUUUUUCAAAUUUCUUGAAAAAAUAUAUCGUAGAGAUCACUAAGCUGUUAUUACCCCUGUUAUAUCCUAUCAAUGCAAAUUCACCGAUAUAACUAAAAUUCUACCAGUGUUUUGGGUCUGAGUGACACAUUAUUUCGAAUACGUAUCGAAUCAAGAUACAAAUAUCAUAAUAGCUUGAAAGAAGGUAUUUACUCUGACAAUGAGGUUUUAAUACCCACCAUAAAUGGUUAAUCCUAUGACAAUAUUUACAAGAAGCCUUAGUCUCAUUCCAAGUAUCAACAUCCUGAGUGAUGUGAAUGAAGGAAAACAUUGAUGAAAGAUUGUUUGACCUAAAACUGUGGUUGGAAUAGAAUACCUGGCAAUCUUACGAAAUAUGGUACAUUGGGGCUAAAAAUUGGAUGAGUGAUCGCUCAAAUUAUUCAUAAUUUAUCUACUUCAGGCAUGAAAGUGUUUUAUAUAGUUAUUCCUUAAAUGUUGUUUUAUCGUCCAAAUAUUUUUAUGCAUGUGUGUGAAUGUAUGGUACUAACUGUGUAAGUAUGCUUGGUAAUCUCAAUAAUAAUUAUAACAUAAGAAAAACAGUUACAAAGGAUUGUCAGUGAUUGAUAGUUUGUAAACAAAAUUAAUCAGCCUGAUUGGAAGCUAUCUUUCCAUCUAUUACGUCGUCUCGACCUCUAGAUCUUACAAUUAAUUGUAGUAGCGCUGGCAAUUAUUAUAACGCCGCUGGUAAGAAUUAACAUCUUUGUGUUUGUGGAGAGAGAAUUUUUUGCUGGGUUACUUGACAAACGUAAAUCAAAAUACUUAUUGUUAGAUUUAGACCUUACCAAAUAAUCUAUAUACCCCAAAAAUUAUUUUUAUGCAAUAUUCUUAUACAUGUACAGAGGGAGAACGUAUUGUUACUUGUUACAAGUAGAUAGGUAUUUGUCUUUUAGUAGAAAAUAGGCAGACUACUUCAAUUUUUCCGUUAAACAAAUGUUGGACAGCUCAGCUUGGAUAAUAACUAUGCGAUUCACAGUAAUGGUGUCAUAGCAUUUGAUUUUAUUUAAGUCUGUUUCAGUCGUCAUUUUAUCUGUUUUAUUAUAUUUUUUUAACCAUUAUUUGUGUUAUCAUGUUCAAUUGUUUAGUCUAUAAAAAAAUUUGUUGCAUGGUACAGGAACCUAGGUAUUAUACCUGAAAGAAAAUUUGAAUCUUUAUAUGUGUGAAGAUUAGAAUAAAAUGAAAUUAGUUUAUUUUUAAUCGUCAAUGUCUCUAUGGUAGCGGUUAGUCUUAUAUUCUUUUUUCUCAUAUAUGUAUAAACAAAUACCUGUAUGAAUUAUGAAACCAAUUAAAAAAAAAGUUGUUUAUUCA